AGUCAAAACACGGAAGUAAACAUAUGGUAUACACAUGUUUUGCGCUAAAUGUAACAACAUUGCAAACGCAUUGGUUUCCUGAUGUAAUUUACCGUUUUAUUGAUGGUUGAGAAUUUAUCAAGCUUUCGCCGUUGUCGACAAAUGUUUGGCGUUUUACCACGAAAUAUAUUAUUUAUCGUGAAUACAUUUUUUGGUGGACUUUCGAGUUAUAAAAGAGUAUGAAGUCGUUUAAAUCUCCAGGCCGCCAUGGAUAUGCGGUGGAGAUUUCACCUUUUUUGGCUUCUACGUUCGCCUGUGCGUCAUCGCAGUAUUAUGGAAUAGCAGGAUGUGGGACACUGUUUGUGCUGGAGCAGAGAGAGGCAGAUGUUUCACUUGUGAGGAGUUUUGACUGGAAUGAUGGGCUCUUCGAUGUGACAUGGAGCGAGAACAAUGAACAUGUGCUAGUGACGGGAGGAGGUGAUGGAUCUUUGCAGAUCUGGGACACGGCCAACCCCCAAGGUCCUCUGCAGGUGCUGAAAGGGCACACACAAGAGGUGUAUUCAGUAGACUGGAGUCAGACACGGGGGGAACACCUGGUGGUAUCGGGAUCGUGGGACCACACAGCCAAAGUGUGGGAUCCGGAGCGAUGUCAGUUAUUGAACUCCCUGCAGGGUCAUGAGGGUGUUAUCUACAGCACAAUCUGGUCUCCUCAUAUCCCAGCAUGCUUUGCUUCAGCCUCAGGGGAUGGGACACUGCGAGUGUGGGAUGUGAAGGCGGGAUCGUGCAGGCUGGCUGUCCCAGCGCACAAGACUGAAAUCCUCAGCUGUGAUUGGUGCAAAUAUGACCAGAAUAUUCUGGUCACUGGAGCAGUGGAUUGCAGUCUCAGAGUGUGGGACCUACGUAACGUGCGACAUCCUGUAGCUCAAAUGAUGGGCCAUUCCUACGCCAUCCGUAGAGUAAAGUUCUGCCCAUUCUAUAAGACAAUCCUAGCAUCCUGCUCAUAUGAUUUCACCGUCAGAUUCUGGGACUACUCCAAGAACCAGCCGCUGCUGGAGACACUGGAGCACCACUCAGAGUUUGUGUGUGGCCUGGAUUUCAGCCUGCACAUCCCUAACCAGGUUGUGGACUGCUCUUGGGAUGAGACUGUAAAAGUCUUCACCCCUUCAUGCCUAGCUGCCCUAUAGGAGGUUGGUGCACCAUGGAAAGAUGUUGCUGCAAAGCACAGGGGAGCCACAGCUAUGUUUCAAUCACAGGUGCAGAGUUUGCCAAGAUUUCACUGCAGAUUUCCUAAUGACACUAUUAAAGGAGAACCCAUGGGAUGCAUCAGGAGCAUUGCGUCAGGGGCACUGUACAGAUGAGGGGCAAUCUCAUGCUGUCACUGAGUGUGAUGUUAUUAUAGGGUUUCUUAAAUGUAUAAUGAAACUAAAAGUUUACCUUAAAGGGAUAGU